CGCCCUCUCUAUAGCUCUCUCUACGGCUUUCUCCAGAACUUCUCUGGAGACUAGUAUCAUUACCACGUCCGACCAUGUCGAAUAGACGUCGUUACGCCGUCGACCCGACCGUCCAGGGUCAACCGGCUCCCGACGCAUUCCACGGGUAUCAGGCUCAACAGCAGUACGACCAGCAUCAGCAGCAGCAACAACAGCACAGUUAUGGGCAGACAUUGCAACAGCAAGCUCCUCCUGCUGAACAUCAAAACGCCUACGGUGUGGCGGAGAGGAAGACCAGAGUUUGGGAUGAUGAUCUCCUACCAGCUCCUCAACCUUUCGUCCCUGCAGGAGACAACAACCAACUCCAAGCUGGGGAGAUCAACCGUUCGGCCACCCACUCGCCUUUACCUCCAGCGAACCAUAUCCCUCAACCUCCUCAUGCGGCCGGUCCUUCCCUCAAGGGACCUAAACCCAGGAUCGACCCUACGCAGGUGCCCAGUCCGAUAGAGGUAGCAGAGAUGGACCAGAACUUGUCGGACAUAGAGGAUUUCCAGAGCUGUAAUACCAGGGGGGUCAUUCCGCUGGCUUCGACGGAUUAUCGUGGGAUCGAUCAAGGCAACUCCCUACCCCGGUACAUUCGCGCUUCCCUGACACAGAUCCCAACAACAGCCUCUCUCCUGGAAACGUCUCAACUACCCCUCGGCCUCAUUAUCAACCCGUUCGCAACCCCGCGGUUCGACGAAGAACCCGUCCCUUUUGUGACGACGUUUAUGGACGUCGCUCGAGCGGAAGGAGAACUGGAUAACGAUCCGAAUGCCGGGGGACCACCGAGGUGUGGGAAGUGUAGGGGGUAUGUGAAUCCGUGGUGUAAAUGGAUCGAUGGGGGGGUCAAGUGGAUGUGUAAUUUGUGUAAUACUGGUAACGCAGUACCGAGCCACUACAUGUCACACCUAGACUCUUACGGAACCCGACUCGACAUCCAAUCCCGCCCCGAACUGACUCACGGCACGGUCGACUAUCCCGUCCCCAAAGCGUAUUGGGCGUCCAACCCGUCCUCUUUGUUGGAGAGCAACGGCCUGUCGACGGUCAGCGGGGACCUGUUGGCUUCCCUCAAUGAAGCCGUGAACAACGCCGCUGAAGCUUCGGGCGCAAAGGACGCUCUGGGCGUAGGGCUAGGCGGAGCUUCUCAUUCGGGGACGGGGAGUAACACCCCUAACCCUUCGGGCCCUUCGUCGGGCAAGGGGGGGAACAAGAAGAAACCCACCUCUUCGUCGGACGAUGAGAAUAUGAGAAGACCCGUCCCGAUCGCGAGGGUCUUUGCGAUUGACGUCUCUUGGAGCGCCGUCAAGGGCGGGGUCGUCAGGGAGGUUUGCCAGGGGAUCAAGGAGGCGCUUUAUGGAAAGGGCAAGGAACAGGCGCUAGAUACCAACGGGGAGGAUGAGGGUGGGGAACAGGAAGAGGAUGCGUGGAGAGUCCCGGAAGGGCGAGUGGGGAUCGUCACGUUCGAUAGGGCAGUACAGUUUUACAACCUCUCGCCCGAGCUCGAGUCGGCGCAGAUGAUGGUCGUGCCAGAUCUGGAGGACAUGUUUGUACCACUACAUCGGGGAUUUUUGGUCGACCCGGUGCAAUCAAGAAAACAAAUCGAAUCGUUGCUGGACCUCAUACCGCGGAUGUAUGCAGAGACGCCUUGUAGCGAGGUUGCGCUCGGCGCCGUUGUCAAGGCUUUAUUGUCGGGAUUGGGCGGAUGUGGAGGACAAGCAUCGUUGUUCUUGUCUUCGCUGCCAAACUACGGACCGGGGACCUUGAAACCGCGAGAGGACCCGUUGAUGUACGGUACCGACAAGGAAAAGACGUUGUUCUCACCAGCGGACGGGUUUUGGCGGAAUACGGCGGAUCAGUUGGCGGAAGCUGGGAUUGGGUGUAAUCUGUGGCUGUUCCCCGAACGGUUCAUCGAUGUUGGAUCGGUCGGUGUUCUCGCGAGUAAUACGGCUGGUAAUGUCUACUUCCAUCCUCGAUUCGAUCCGGGCCGCGAUCGAGAAGCGGUGCACGAAGAAUUACGACGGGUGGUUGGUCAAGAGGUCGUAUACAAUACUGCGCUGAGGGUUCGGUGUUCGAACAACCUACGCGUAUCAUCAUAUGCGGGCAACUAUUAUCAACGGUCUCUGACAGAUCUGGAGUUCGGCACGCUGGACACCUUCCAAUCGUUCGGUGCUACACUCAAGUACGACAACAAGCUAGAAGACAAGCAGAUGUCCUAUGUUCAAGUGGCCGUGCUGUACACGAGCGCGGGGGGCGAGCGACGCGUCCGAGUCCUCAAUUUGAACUUGCCGGUGACAAAUCACAUCGGAAAUGUCUUCCGGUUUGCCGACUUUGACACGAGUGUGGUACUGCUACUGAAAGAGGCCGUAACUCAAGCACUGUCAAAGAAUCUUCCGGACGUCCGAAGAGGCUUGACUGAGAGGUGUGCAUCCAUACUGCACGCUUACCGGAAACACUGUGCAGCUGGACAGAAUUCGGGUCAACUCAUCCUGCCUGAGGUCUUCAAGCUCUUGCCGCUAUUCACGCUUUGCAUGCUCAAAUGUAAAGCUCUGAAAGGUGGUCACGUGGCUUCGGACGUCCGGGCUCUUUACCUACGAACACUGCGGUCUAUGUCGUUGCCGGCAACAGCAGCGUUCUUAUACCCACGGAUGUUCGCUAUACACGACCUGCCGGAGAAAGUCGGGUAUGCUGGUCCCAAUGGCCGACUCGAGCUUCCGACAUAUAUUCGAUGUAGCCAUGGUUGGAUGACGGCGGAUGGCGCCUACAUAUUGACCAAUGGUGAAAUCGCAUUCCUGUGGCUGGGAGCGGCGGUAUCGCCUCAAAUCCUCAACGACCUAUACGGCGUAGAAAACUUGGACGAGAUCGAUACCCGAAUCACCUCGUUACCCAGACUCCCUACCUAUCUCUCGACCCAGGUUCGAAACAUCCUCGCUCAUCACGCCCGGCUGAUGGACCACGAACUCCCCGUGAUCAUCGCCCGUCAAAACAUGGACGGCACCGAAGUCGAAUUCGCCAACAUGCUUAUGGAGGAUUCAAACAAUGACGCUUUGAGCUAUACCGAUUACAUCAUGUCGGUACACAGGACGAUCAACGAAGGCCUGAGUGGAGGAGGAAAAGGUAGUGGGUGGUUCUCUUAGGUCGGCUGUACACUCAAGGGAGGCGCGCAUACGAUCAGAAGCAGCCGACAAUGAGCUUGCAC